CGUUGCCGCUGCUGCCGCUGCUCCUGCUGCUGCUGCUGCUGCUGAGGCUGCAGGCGGAGGCCGGAGGACCGGGCGGCGGCGGCGGCGGCGGCGGCGGCGGCGGGAGCAGGAGCGCAACAGGACCGAGCGAGAGCGCUGAGAGCCAAGCGCGAGGAGCCACAGCCGCCCGGGCCCCGCCGCCGCCGCCGCCGCUGCACAAAGCCACGAGCCCGCCCCGGAGCCAUGUCCGCGUCGGCCGGUGGUGGACACCAGCCCAGCCAGAGCCGCGCCAUUCCGACACGCACCGUGGCUAUUAGCGACGCAGCGCAGCUACCUCAGGACUACUGCACCACGCCCGGGGGGACGCUGUUCUCCACAACACCGGGAGGAACACGAAUCAUUUAUGACCGAAAGUUUCUGUUGGACCGUCGCAAUUCUCCCAUGGCGCAGACCCCACCUUGCCAUCUGCCCAAUAUCCCUGGAGUCACCAGUCCUGGCGCCUUAAUGGAAGACUCCAAAGUAGAAGUGAACAACUUGAACAACCUGAACAAUCACGACAGGAAGCACGCAGUUGGGGAUGAGGCUCAGUUUGAGAUGGACAUCUGACCCUGCUGCAGUGUCGAAGGCGGCCCCUGACACGGCCCGUGUGCACCUGACUGGACCAGUAGGAACACCGUGUACAGAGAAGCUCCAGUCCCCCUGCCCCCUCUGGGUGCCAAAUAAUGGGAGAUGUGCUCUGUCCAGCCACAUCUUCCCAUCUCCUGCCCUCUGCCCACUUAAGGUUAGGCUGAUGAAUAAGCCCAUGGAUUACUCUGUGGAGCUGACCGGUCCACAGACGAAAGCAGUCCUUGUAGCCUCCCUGGUCAUUUCCCAAGAAUCGUCCUGCCCUAUUAAGAUUUGCCCCCAGUCUAGGACAGUCUCCAAACAGCACCUCUGCUUGCAGGGGCUUGGGGGUGAAGGAGGUUUAGUGCCCAUUGCUGUUCUUGGGCUCUCCCUGUCUUUCCCUGCAGCCUACUGCUGAUGGCGUGCUGGAGGGGGGGGAUGUUUGUCCUCAGCACGGGGGCACAGCUCCUGUACCUCCCGCACUUCCGACUACAGUCCUGAGACGUGUUACAUCAGCCUCCCUUUCUCUGGGAGGAAGGCUUCUGUCUUGUCUUGGGUGUGAUAGUUCAUCUCCCCCCCCCCCCCAUUCCUUUACCUAAUUCAUUGGCACGGGUAUUUUUUAAGCCCCACUUGGUGACCCCUUGGUGACCAGCUGGUCUUUGCUUGUCUGACACUCUUUCCUGCAUCCUGCAGGCAGAGCCUCUCCACCCUGACACACCCUGUGACUUCUGUCUGCUCCCAGAGCAGAAGUGCCAACACUGGCCUGCACCUGGUGGGUACAGCUGGGUGGCAGCAGUCCGCCUGAGAAUAUCUCAGUGGCCGCUGAGGACUGAGCCACGGUGCAGCCAGCCUCAGCGGUCAUGGUUAAACCGGGUCCGCCUUGGUAGGUUUGGUGUUCUGCAGGUCACUGUACCAUGAGUCCCCACAUUUCUUCCCUGCCUCGGAUCUGCUUUGUGCUUGGCUGCAGAGAGAGAGAGAAGUACGGGCUGAGGCUCAUUCCUCCCACGUGUCUCGCCCUCCUCAUCAUUAGUCCGUUUGUCUUUCCCCCUCGCUCUCUUUCCUUCUGGUUCUUCCACCGGGCCAUUUUCCAAAUCUACAUCAGAGAUGCCUCCCAUGUUGGUAUCUGAUAAUAUCUGUCUCUCCUUAUCAGAGGAGAGACCUUUUAUUUUUAAGAUGACUACAGACCUAUUUUUAGAUAAGUUUUCAGUACAAUUUUGAACUGCGACUUUUUUAACAAAACAUCUUCCAGUAUUGGGAAGGUUAUUUUAAAAAAAGAAGAAAAAAAAGCAAAAACAAUGUUUGUAGGCAUGUCCCCUGCUGUCACUGUCCCUUGUCUCCCAUAGCUCCUUCUGAGUGCUUUCCUGUGCCCUCAAGUUUUGGGGGCUAUCUGGAGUGUGAAAUGGGUGUUUUGUGGAACUGGACCAGUCUGCCUUGCCAUAAGCUGUUGAAGAAAACUCUCUUCCCCUCCCCUCUCUUUCUUCCCCUCCUCUUCUGUCUGUCUGUCUGUCUCUCUCUCUCUCUCUCUCUCUCUCUCUCUCUCUCUCUCUCUCUCUCUCCCCCCCUCUCCUCCCCCCAAACCCCCACUCUCCUGGUACCAUGGGCCCACGAGGAGAUCCCAGGAGAGCGGCUUCUGACAGACAGGCUCAUACAUCUAUCCUCCUAUAGGAAGACAGUAAAGCAGCCAGGGUGCCCUGGGAGUUUCUGGUUGUAUAGGCUGCCUAUACUAAGCCUUCUUAGUAAGAUUUCAGGUCCCCAUUGGCUGGGAAAGAAAGCUGUUUUUCUUUUGAACCAUGGAAAGACCCUCUUUUGUGAAGACUUUAGGAAAAAGAAAGGGCAUCUUCAGACCUUGGUUCUGGUUUCUGCUACACAAUGUGAAUAGCUCGGAGUGCAACCCUCUGUGACGGUCUCUGUCUCAGGAAUAAGCUUGGGGGUCUCCAUUGCUUGGGGAUUCUUGGAGUCUCCAAGGUGAUAAUCACAAGAGUUUUAUUUCUCUGUUAAAUGUAUCUGUUGUGUUUUUAAUUAAACUCCAAAUUUCAUUUCCUAUGGAGUCUUGGAAAAACUUAAGCUGUGCUAUCACUGGGCUAAGAAGCUUGUUCAGGACCUCACUCCUACCUGGGAGCUUGAUUCUUUGGGAGCAAGGCUCAUGAUUCCUCACAUACUGGCAGUGCCUCCUGUGGACUCUGAAUCCUGCUGAAGGAAGGAGCUGGUGAGAGAAGAGCAUCUGAUUCCUCACGGAGCGGCUGUCUGCGGCAGAGCAGCUUCCUUCUGGACCACAGCUGGGAAUGGAUCUGAGCCGGCGCCGAGCAAGGAACUGGUUCCCUUUUCUUGCCAUCUUGGGGAGUCUGCAUGUGCACCUCCUUUUCCCUCAGUCAGUGGACAUGGUCUAGUAUUCUUUGAGCUGUCACCCGCUCUUUGACCUCCGUGAAUCAGCGCUGUAAGAUAAUUGCACAAGACAAGAAAUAAGCUUCCAAUGACAGCCUCUUUGUACGUGAGCCACUUUCUAGUAAGCAGAGUCCAUUUCGGGCUUCACCUCUGGGUGUGUACAGAGCCUCAUAGCUGGAGCCUUAAGUGGAGGUGUGCGAUGCUCUAGUUUGCCAGUCCCCCACCCCCUCUGAGUGAGACAGGUGUUAACAUCCUAGUGACCAUCUGUGCCCCUUCUCUGUUGGGGACAACAGCCUUCAUGAGGAAGAGCCUCUCCCCAGUGCCCUGCAGUGCUCUCCCCUGUGAGCUCCCAGCUCUCCUGUUCUGAAAUAGGAACCGCCUUCUCUGGGGCAAAGGAGCAGGAAAGCUGGCACAAGCCCUGUCCUGCUUGUAUGGGUUAUCUGUUGCUGUGUAAGAAAUGGUCCGCCAUCGGGGGCCUUCCCUUGGGUAGGGAGGGAUUUGGGAGCUGCUGAGCGUGGAGACUAGCAUGGGCGUGCACAGGGGCCGCUGUCAUCUGCAGCUGGAGAAUUCCACCUUUUUCUGUGGCUAUCAGCAGGAUCCCUUCCUUGAUCAUGCCCCCGUGGGUCUCUGGGGUAGAUGUUGUACCAGAGAACCCUGCUUCCUCCUGAACUUGAUACCAGAGAAGGAGGUGGAGGAAGAAAGUUGCAGUGCCUUUAAGUCGCCACGCCCUAAAAUGAGGAAAAUGAGAUGAGGGAGGUGGAGGCAGUCACAGCCAUAAGCUCAGUGCAUUUUGCUAUCAGAACAGCCUUAUAGCUGGGACCAAACCAGGGUACAAGAUAGACCUCUACCUGCUUGUCUUAGGGAGAGGUGGCAGGAAGUAAGGAUUCCCAGAUUGCAUCCUCAGCUGCCAUCUUCUCAAGAAUGCUUGCUCUGUAAGUCUCCGAGGUAGCCACCUUAAGCAUUGUUUACCACUUCUGGUUUCCUUUAGCUAAGAAUUGACUAAAGAAAUUGGGGGCAUUUCUGUGGAACUACACAAGCUUUCUAAAUAAGAACAGGCUUAGAUUCUGCAGGUUCCUGAGCUGCAGAACAAGAAGCAGUUCUCUUUCCCUUCUGCUGAUGGUCUGGAAGCCAGGGGCCACCUGAGUCAGUGCAUUAGUCAAGGUCUCCCACCCAGAAGCAACUUCUCCCUGAGCCAGGAACACCCGAGAAUGCAGAUGUUCGUGCACUUGAUAGCCCUGGUCAGUGUGGCAUGCAGACUAGCGUAUUGCCUCCUGGGUGCCCUGUUGGAAGUGUGCUCUUAAAAAACCCUGUAAGAGAAGCUUAAAAGGUAGCUCUCCAGUGCCUCACAGGACGGCUGCUGCUUCCUGCUAGCCGGUCUCACCUUCCUUAGGUGGAAGCUCUUGUUGGGUUUGAUGCGUUGCCCUUCUCUAACAGUCUCUUCCCUGUAGCCAUGCUUGUUUAGUGUGUACUUGAGGUACUAGUGGAUUGUGGGUUUCCUUCUGAUCUGAGGAGGGGCCCGGAAUGGCUUGGAUACUGUCUCCUUGGGCUUCUCAGGCCUUCUCACUGGAGCUGUGUUGCACUGAAAGUCCAGCCAGCUCGUACAAGGCUCUGGUGCUGGCAGUCAUGUAACAAGGAUGGAACCUUCUUCCCAUCUCCACCUUGAAUGUUGGCUGCCUGAGGGUGUGCCAUAAUCCAUUCAUUGCCUCCAGAAGGAAAGCACCGCUGUCUUCAUGUGGCUCAAGCCCUUUGAUGUGUUUUCUGGACUCCAUGCCCAUGGCAGCUAUUUAUCAAUCUGCGAAACUCAAUCACUGACCUGUCCUUCCCGAGGGAAGGUGGGGCCUUCCCGUGUAGCAGGGGACACCGUCUCUUGGGGAAGAAGGUUCUGUCUGAACUUGGAGUAGGUGUGGUUGCCCUAACCCCUAGCCUCUGGCGUUUAGUGCCGGGAAUUCGGGUUCCUCAGUUGGCUUGGUCCUUCAGUGCUUAGCAGUGUUUCCUUCUCUGGUAAUGGGUUUCCACGUGGUGGCUUUAAUGAGGCUAGCUCACAGAAACUUGACUGAAGACUGUAAGGAUGACUGACAGGUCCUUAUUUUUCCAUUUGACCAACCAAGACACCUUCGCCACCCUCUGAAACUGUAGCUUUCCUCCAGGCGGGUUCUGGGACCUGGUGCCUAUUGGCAGAAAGUAACUCUAGUCUUCAGGGGGCCAUGGUUCCUCCCUGCUUGCUCAGCUCUUCUUGUAGCCCUGGUGGCCGUACUGCAUGCCCAGUAGUGGGAGGGUGGCAGCAAGAGGCUGGAUGCCUGGUGGACACAUGGCUGUGCUGGUGUUUGCCCAGGGAGCCCCUAUCAGGGCUUCAGACCCAGAUCCCAUGAAUCCAGCACAGAAUGCCCAUGCUUGCCUCUGCACCCCCUUCCUCUCCACUUCAGUCUUCUGAAAACUGCCCAGCCCUGAUUUAGGGGAUAGUGGCAGGAGGCAAGGCCCGUGGGGACCACACAGGCUCACACCAAUGCCUUUGCCCCAUGCGGGCCAGCUCCAGUAAUCCCUAAGGUGACUUGAGGAGCCUCCAAGGACUCUGGUUCCCAGUUGUCCAUUUUUAGCAUCUUUAUGUUUUCUGUUUUACCCUUCCCUGCUCACUGCUGCAGUCCCAGCCGUGUGGGAUGGGGUUUCACCGCCUGCCAGCGCUUUCCCUGGCCUCCCCUCUGUUCCUCUGGUGUGCUGUGCCCCCACCCAUCCCCAGUCACUGUCAGCAAUGCCAUCCUAAGACCAUGUGUGAUUCCAUAACCGGUUUGUUUUCACUGUCCUGCCAAACAAGCAGGUGUUUGAAACUAAGAGAAAAUCCUCACCAGCGGUUGCUGUUACAGUUAAAUAAAGACCUUGAAUACUGA